GAUUAUAAGGUUCAUAGAGAUGAAAUACAUACAAAGCUGGUUCAGAUCAUGAGAGAAAGGUUAUUGGUUCAUCUACGUGGGUUGCCUCAAAUUGUAGAGAGCUGGAAUAGACCAGAAGAUGCUGACCUACAGCCCAGUCAAUUUGCUCGAUCACUUACCAAGGAAGUUGGAUACCUGCAACGUGUUCUAACUCGAACUUUACAUGAGGUCGAUGUUCAAGCAAUUUUCAGGCAAGUGAUUAUAAUUUUUCAUUCACAAAUUUCAGAAGCAUUUUCACGCUUAGAGAUCAGCACACCACAAGCCAAGGACAGGCUCUGUCGUGAUGUUAAGCACAUUCUUGGAUGCAUUCGAUCUUUGCCUUCUGAUAAACUGAGUGAAUCUGGUACGCCAAACUGGGGUCAACUAGAUGAAUUCUUGGUACAGAGAUUUGGGUCAGAAGCUAGUUAAGUGUUGUUGUAAAGUGUAGCAAAUCAAUUGCUUCUUUGGAGAUGGCUAAUCAAAUUUUGAGGAUGUCAGAAGCCAAUUUCGGUCUGUGCAUUUCCCUUGUACAAUUUGAUUGAGGUUUUGCAUUUUUUCUGAGAUGUAUAAAGUCCUGUAAGAGAUCCAAAUAUUUGACAUGAAGGUUCUUGAGACCAGAAUUUUUUUUUUGUACCAGUCACUUGAAUUACAAGUUGUACUUACUAGGCUCAGUGUUUUGUUCCCCCGAUUGUAAUGGGUUAAAGAUGAAACCAAUUGAGAGUUUUGAUUCGGUGAAAGCACAUUCAUUCUGUAUCCCGCUGUUGAGGCGCUUGAAUCACAUCUAAUUGUACCAAUACUCGAAUUAAUGCAUAAAUGCUUUUCCUGAAUAGUAGUCAGUA